GGGUUGGAAACGAAGACGACGAGUAAACAAACAAACAAAAGACGGCGAUCGAAUCCGAAACGCUCGACCCCUUUCCCUUCUCUCACACGCAAGGGAGGUCGUCACAACAUUCCUUUCGUCGCAACUGGGAUCGGGUCACUCUGUCGACUCCACCUCCACCGACCAAACCACAACACACGACAACAGGCUGGACAUCGCCUUGAGGUCUAUCAUUCCGCAACUCUCCCUCUCACUUCUCGCCAUCACGUCAUCAGACGACCGGACAUAUUAGAGGUCUUGACGAGGUCAUACGUCUUGACGAUUCGGCCGUCGAGCUCCUGACGCCCGUGGACUUCCUUCUUCAUCUCAACCACCACACCAUAUCUCUACAUCCGUUUCUCCCACUCUACCUGCCAAUCGGACGACCAGGCGAUAGCCCCUCGCCAUGUCGACCAACGCUCGAAGGUCUCCACGAAACCAUGGGUCUACGGCGACGGCCAUGAGUCACCUUCCCACUAGCAACAACCACGUCAACAAUGUUGCAUCUUCCUCCAUGUCGACUUCCCGGCACCUAUCGUCUACUACUCGUAACCAGCCUAACGGGCAGCCAACUCCAUCGAGACCACGUUACUCGGGAUCCCCAAAGGAGACGAGGACUGUGGGUUCGACCAUCUCUCAUCAGGGCGCUCACGGCUACCUGUCUUCAAAUGGACAGGGAUCACACGCCCAUUCCCCUGUCUCGAUGGGUAUGACGGCGAGCGGGUUGGGGAUCGUUGGAGGAGGAGUGUCUAUGCAAGGCUCGUUGUCGGCUUCUGGUUCCGGAGCGAGCAGCAGCGUGAACAGUAACAACGCCGGUAACGGGAGCAUGCAGUCAGGAGGGAACCUUAAAUCAUCACCACAUGCGACUUCACAUCCUCAUCAUUAUUCACCUUAUCACACCCGAUCGACACCAAACUUGACGACCGGAAGCACGAGUGCGAGUUGUUCCCCCGUCCUCCUCAGUCCGGCCGGAAGCCCCGUGAUCGGUCCACCUGCAGGGAUACGGGACACUCACCAGCGCAAUUCACACAUCCAGAAAGAAACCGGUCUCCCAGAGAUCGUCGAGCCCAUCGUCUAUGGAUCGACGGGGGAAGCGAGGCCGGUCACGCCGAACAGGAAUCGAAGGUUCGGACCCGUCCUGUCAAAGAGCCCCGAGCGGGACCUCCCGGGUCCUGGAACGGGGACGGCCAAGUACAGGGCGGGUUUGUCGGUCGAAGGGAUCUUGAUGCAGAGCGGUGGGGCGGACAGAGUGAAUACGAACGCAAACGGGAUGAUAGGGCAGGGUGGAUUGACAGGGACGAGGAAUGGGGGCGCGAGAAAUGCCAAGGGGAAAGGCGUGGAUUAUGGUGAUAGGUUCAUCCCGCAACGCUCGAACAACGACUUGCACGCUUCCUAUACGUUGCUCCCGGAUGGCCCGGAAGCGACGUCAGGCUUUGUUCCGAGUGGGAUCUAUGGAGAAGGGUUGGCAGCGUCUGUUAUCGCUAGGCGAGCAGAGCUAGAGAGGAGCAAGAAGAGGUCGAUGAUGGUUGAAGGGGAUAGCAUCAGAGACGAGGCAGACAGGACGUAUUCAAACUUGCUAAAAUCGGAACUCUUCGGAUCGGGUCUGGUUGAUCGACCUACACCGACGCAUACCUCUUCGGCACCCAGUGUCCCUUCUCGCCAUACAGGUCCGAGUCAGCCGGCUGCAGGUCAUCAAGCUUCACAUAACGGAGACGGCCUGCUCGGGCCCAUUCCUGUCCAUUCACCUAGCACGCCCAGAACUUCUGCCGUUGGCGCCUUUGCGUCAGGAGGAUCGAGGAUAUCUCGGUCGACACCAGUUCAUGGCGAGCCACCCGUCACGCCGACCAAAAGACGUGUACUAGACUUUUCUUCGCCCACCUCGGCCAUGAAGUCCAGUCCCAACUCUCGCAGUGGGGGCGUCAAGGCUUCCCCGGGCAACAUAGGCCUAGGUCACAAGACCGCUACGGGAGUCGGCAUGGGUCUGGACGAUAUGUUGCACGAAAAGUAUAGCCUGAGUCCGAUGGGCAGGGAGAGCCAGAAACUGUUGUUAAGCACAAAAAAGUCGACAAGGUGGAUCAGCAAGACGCCGUUCAAGGUCCUGGAUGCGCCUGAGCUGGCCGAUGACUUUUACUUGAACUUGGUAUCUUGGUCAUCGAGUAACCUACUCGCCGUCGGUCUCAGGAGUUCAGUAUACAUCUGGACGGCUGCGACCUCGGACGUCUCUAGGUUGUGCGAUUUUGCAGACGGCGCUGGCAUGCACGAGACGAUAGACGAGGUGACAGGAUUAGAGUGGACGAAUAGGGGGAGUACCGUGGCUAUAGGCACGCGAGCUGGCAAGGUGGAAAUCUGGGACGCUGAAGCCAACCGACGGAUACGAACCAUGACCGGUCAUACUGGUCGAGUCGGAGCGCUCGCCUGGAACGGUCACAUACUGUCUACCGGAUCUCGAGAUCGUACUAUUCUACAUCGCGAUACCCGAGUGAGGGAACACUACAUAGAGACGCUCAAGGCGCAUCGUCAAGAAGUCUGUGGACUGAAGUGGAACCCCGCCACCAACCAGCUUGCUUCAGGCGGAAACGACAACAAGCUGUAUAUCUGGGACAGCACCAACCCGACGCCGCUUUACAAGUUCUCUCAGCACUGUGCAGCUGUCAAGGCGCUUGCAUGGAGCCCUCACCACAAUGGUCUGUUGGCGACGGGUGGAGGCACGGCCGACAAGAAGAUUAGGUAUUGGAACACGCUCACCGGCAACUUGCUCAGCGAAUGGGACACCGGGUCUCAGGUGUGUAACCUGAUGUGGGCCAAGAACUCGAACGAGAUCGUCUCGACGCACGGUUAUUCGGGCGGCUCUGUAUCAAACCAGAUUUGCCUUUGGAAGUACCCCAGCAUGAACCCGGUCGCCACGCUGACGGGUCAUACCCUGCGAGUUCUCUACCUCGCCAUGAGCCCCGAUGGGCAGACGAUCGUCACUGGUGCUGGAGACGAGACUUUGCGUUUCUGGAACGCCUUCCAAAAGGGAAGGAGCGGGGAAGCUCCCAGGGACGAAAUGGCGAGCGAAGAGGCCGUUGUCGCCUUGAGGGAAAAGAAGAGGGAAGAUAGCGAACUGAACCCUUUUGCGAGGAUCCGGUGAGAAGUCGGUCUUGAACCUUUAUGGGCUCGGGUCUGUUUGGGGGUUCCGGUAUAUGCCAGUUUCGUGGCCUCGGUUUUGUUCAUCUCCACGUCGUUCGAAUUUUGUCUAAGACGAUUCCCCUUGUUCGCUUUUGUAUCUUCGCUUAUCCCGCCCGAAAAG